AUGCUACGAAGCCUCAUCAGGAACCCGACGAAUCUGACGACACCUCUUCGCCGUUAUCUUCUGUCUUCCUCUCCGUCCAGUCUGUUCUCUUCCUGCUCGGUGGUGACUCAGUUGAGCCGGGUACCUAGUUUGCUAGAGGGGUGUGACUAUGAGCACUGGCUUGUCGUCAUGGAGGCUCCCAUGGGAUACCCACCUCGUGAUGAGAUCGUUAAUGGCUAUGUCAAGACUCUCGCUAUGGCUUUCGGCAGUGAAGAGGAAGCAAAGAAAUCUAUAUACUCAGUUUCCACUAAAUACUACUAUGCAUUUGGUUGCAAAGUCCCAGAAAACUUCACUUAUAAGAUCAAAGUCUUGCCAAAUGUGAAAUGGAUUCUACCAGAUUCUUAUUUGUUCAAUGGUGAAAAUAGUUAUGGAGGAGAACCGUUUGUUAAUGGGGAGGUUGUUCCAUAUAAUGACAAGUAUCAUAUGGACUGGAUCCAGGACAGAAAUGUUGAUAAAUGUAAGAGCUUACCCAACUUAAAGAAAUCCAGGAGAAAACGUAGAAAAAACCACGUCUAACUAUAGGCAUGCAGCUGGAUUUAAACUUUUCCAUCUUCCUGAAAGUGAAGAAGCAGUGCCAUCCAAUCCACAAGUUGUACUUUGCCGAGGCUAUCAUUUGGAUGCAUAUCAGUGGCUGGUUUUCUUUGCCAAGCUUGGACUCAAUUGGAUUCAGGCUUAGAGAAAUACUUGGU